CAGGGCUGAUAGUGGUUUAGUGCAAGCGGCCGCUCAGCCGCAUGAUAUUGUGUCUAAUAAUAGCCUGCAUGUGAAUCAAGGCAAUGUGCAAAGUAUGCAUGUUAAUCAAAACAUUGAGCAUCAUUUACCGUCUCAUCAUUUACCAUCCCCCAUUGGUGUGAAUGCGGCUUUGAAUGGUGUGAACGUACAAGCAGCUCCUCAGGGAUAUAAUACACCCCUGGUUGGCAUACAUAAUGCGAAUGGGCAAUCUUUAAGCCAGCUACAACAUCCCAUUAUGUUAGGCAUACAAGGAGUACAACCCCUUGAUCAGGGUAUCCACUCCCCCAUUGCAGCCACGCAGGGCGCUCAUGCACACUCAUUAAACCAUGCACAAUCAAUAAGCCAGGCAUGCCAUAACCCUAUUGUAGACCAGCAGGGUGUGAAUGCUCAGACAUCUGCGAAUGGACAGUCAGUGAGUCAGGGAUUUCAUACACCACUUCAUAUAGCUCAUCCACCCCUUGCUACUGAUAAUCCAGACACAUCCAUUGGGCAAAGUGCUCGCCAAAUUCUUUCUCUUUUGCAGGGGGCAAUUGGAUCACAAAGUGCAGCAAAAACACGGACCAACACUGCCACAGUCAUGAGUGGGGCGGAUGCAGAAGUUCCAAGCAGCAUUACAGCAGGAGCAGCAGCCACCACUUCCACUGCACAGCAAGGGUCUUCAGGACUCGCCCUCCAAAACCAGCCAGCAGGCCAGCCCGUUUCCAGCAUGGGUCAGGGACCUCCUGCCAUUAGUCACGCUCGUCCUUCCUGGAUAGCCUUACUGCCGUUGGUCCGCUCCUCCUUAGCACCAUCCACUUGGCACGCCUAUGCCCGCAUGUGGUCUGAAUGGGACGAUUUCUGUGCGUCCAGGGGAGCCGACGCUGCUCAGGGGUCUAGGGACAACUUACAUGAUUGGCUGGUGAGUUUGCAUGCCUCUGGGGCCCGUCAGGGGGCAAUACAGUCCAAAUUGGCCGCCCUCUCAUUUUUCUAUAGGGCAUUAGCCAUUCCUGACCCAACCAAUUCCUUUUUUAUUAGGCAGGUGAUCAAGGGUUGGGGCAGAUCGCAGCAGCGGAAAAUAGACACGCGCGAACCCAUCACCCGCGACCGCCUGGAGCGUUUGCUCUUGGCGCUCGACGUGGUCUGUAGAUCAGAUUUUGAAGCCCCCCUACUCUUCAAAACUGCGUUUAAUUCUGGCCUUUGUGCCGCCGCUCUAGAUAAUCAGACCAUUUUCUUUCCAAAAUACCUGGUGAACAAUGUUAAUUUUCGAAAUUGGUUGAAUGGGCAAUGGAGAGAAUAUGUUAAGGGUAAUAGUUCAUACAAGGAUAGACCUGAGGUGUUUUGGGAAGCUGCCAAAGUGGUGUUAAGAGCUAACUUCUUCAAACCUUUGAAAGGAGAUAAAUUAUCUGACACUCAAACGCAAGAUUCAGAUGACGAAGGGGAGGUGGAGGAAGGUACUAAGGAAAAAUUGGAGGACUCAAGGCCCUUAACCAAAGCAGACUUGGAUCAUCUGGUUUCCAAACAGGACAUUAAUGUCAAUUUUGAGAGAUUGCUAGAAAAAAUGGAAACUUUGCAAAACUCUGUAACUAACAGCAUAUCAGAAUUAAAACAAGAGAUAGUUGACUUGGGAUCACGACUAAACUCCUUAGAGGAAAAUGGUGACCCAAUGGUAGAAGAUCUGAACGCAGUAACGGAUAAAGUCACUUCUCAACAAUCAGAAAUAGAAGAUAUUUAUGAUAAACUAGAAGAUCUGGAAAAUCGCAGCCGAAGAUCUAAUCUCCGAUUAAAAGGAGUCCCAGAAUCGAUAGGCCCUAAACAACUGAAUGCAUACUUGCUCAAUCUCUUCCAGAGCAUUACUGGGUCAGGAGGAGAUGACAGUUUUCAAAUGGAAAGGGCACAUAGGGCACUUAGGCCUAAACCUAAGGGGGAAGAACCCCCCAGAGAUGUUAUCAUCAAGAUGCUGCGCUUUAAAGAGCGGGAAGAAAUACUGGCAGCAGCAAGGAAGAAUCCCACCUUUAAGUACCAGGGGAACAUCAUUCAGUUUUUUUCAGGAUCUUUGCCUGAGGACCCUACAAAGAAGAAGCUCCCUCAGACCGCUGACUUCCUUGUUGAGGAAAAAUCAAGUUCCAUAUCGAUGGGGCUUCCCGUUUGCUCUCCACAUAACGUGGGAAAACAGGACAUUCUCUAUCAAGGACCCUCAGGAGAUGCCAGAAAUUUGCCGUAG